CCAGUCGUUGCAUUGAUGGAGAUUCCAAGAUGGCGACUCCCAUGCACUUACAGAGAUUUGGAGCACGGGUUAUUUCACUUCAGCGCACCAUUCAUCGGUCCAAUCUGCCGUUCCGAUGUCUGCAAACAAGUGCAGUAUGCAGCAAGACUGUUGCCGGCCGUGCCCGAGUGAGCAAAGGAGAAAAGCCCAUCACAUAUGAACAGGCUAACCCGCCUUUCCAGAUAGGCGUCAGAAAGGGCUGGAGCGCCCAACACACAGCUCAUCUCAAAGACGAACACGGCGCAGCCGACAUUGCCGUGGACGACCUCUUCAUCCGAAAGUUCAUCUACGGAACCUUCCAUAACUGUCUGGCCACCGAUCUCAUCAUCAAACGACGAUCCAAUCAAAUCAUCCUGGUCGCCAUCAUGCUCCGAAAUAUGGCUCCGCAGAAAUACUACUUCCUGAUUGGCUACACAGAGGAGCUGCUUUCCCAUUGGUUCAAAUGCCCGGUCAAAAUGGAAGUACAGAUUGUGGACGACCGACCUAUAUACAAGUGGAUUUAGUGGGAUUGUUACUGUUCUAGCAAUUUUACUCUUUCUCUGGAGGCAUUUUUGCUACGAGCCUUUCGGCAUCGUCCAACUUUCUCCACUGCACUGGAAAACCGGUAGCGCAUUGUUUGUACAUAAACCGGUACGUUCAAGGGUCAUCAAUACUCAUAUGAAGUGAUAUUUACAGAGAGUUUUAAACCUAACUCCCUAGGCCUUUUUGCUAGGAGGUAGCCUCAAUCCUGCAAAAUCCUCCAAUUGGCCUCAUGGAAAAAUAG